AUGGGGAUUCUAGAAAAGAUAGCUCAAAUUCAAGAAGAAUUAUCUAGGACUCAAAAAAAUAAAGCGACAGAAUAUCAUAUAGGUUUAUUAAAAGGUAAACUAGCCAGAUAUAGAAGAGAAUUAUUAGAACCGCAACCAGGCCAAGGUGGUGGGGGUGGUGGUCAAGGAUUCGAAGUUGCUAAAGCUGGAGAUGCAAGAGUUUCAUUAAUUGGAUUUCCAUCUGUUGGUAAAUCAUCAUUUUUGUCAAAAGUUACAAAUACCAAAUCCGAAGCUGCAAAUUACGAGUUCACAACCUUGACAAGUGUUGGGGGAAUUUUGGAGUAUAAUGGAGCAGAAGUUCAAAUAGUAGAUUUACCAGGAAUUAUAAAAGCUGCUUCUCAAGGGAAAGGUAGAGGAAAACAAGUUAUAGCAGUUUCAAGAACUUCUGAUUUAAUAUUAAUGGUUCUUGAUGCAACAAAAUCUGAAGAUCAAAAAACAAUACUAGAAAAUGAAUUAGAAACCAUGGGAAUAAGGUUAAAUAAGACAAGACCAAAUGUCACGUUGACUUUGAAAAAGACAGGAGGUAUAAAAAUGAACUCCAUAGUGCCACCAAAAUACCUUGAUGAAAAGAUUGUCACAGCAUUGCUAAAAGAUUAUAAAAUACUAAAUGCUCAUGUUUUGAUUAAAGAUGAAAACAUAACUAUAGAUGAGUUUAUUGAUGUCAUAAAUGAACAACACAUCACAUAUAUUAAAUGUCUUUAUGUGUAUAAUAAAAUAGAUGCUGUAAGUUUGGAAGAAUGUGAUAGACUAGCUAGAUUACCGAACACUAUAGUUAUUUCGUGUGAAUUAAAUUUAGGUAUUGAUGAUUUGAAAGAAGAAAUAUGGAGAAAACUCAACUUGUUGAGACUCUACACGAAGAGAAGAGGAAUUUUACCAAAGUUUGACGACCCAAUGGUUGUCAGAAAUAAGAGCACUAUAUUGGAAGUAUGUGAUUCAAUACAUAGAGAUAUGAAAAAUCAAUUCAAAUAUGCCUUAGUAUGGGGUUCAAGUGCAAAACAUUCUCCACAAAAAUGUGGAUUAAAUCAUCCUGUUCAUGACGAAGAUGUUGUACAAAUAGUAACUAAAUAG